GUUGCAUUACAUACUAGAAAAGUGAAACGUAACGUCAGAAUUUCUGCAAAUGGGGAUCAGUAGGCGAUGACUUACAGGACAUGACAAUGGUUUAGCUGUGUACAGCGAACAAUUAUUUUCAACCAAGGCUUUUACAAUGGAACAAAACCAGACAAAACUUUUCUCAGAAUAAUGCACUUCGUCGUGAUGUCAACCCGGUCAGGGCAACUAGCCAAUGACAGCACAACCGAGGCAACUUCACAGCCUGUAUGAGGAAUCCGAUCGACUCACUCGGCGUUCAUUGGAUUGGUCUGGUUAAGGAAGGAAGAUGGCGGGUCCUGCAAAAGCGCCAAACCCCUAUUCUUCUAAUUGAUAAAUACACUAACCCUGUCGCGUAUUUGUUAUAAUUAAUAGCACAAAUAUUCGAGUAUUGACAUCAUGAAGAGAAACAACACCUGUCGGACGUAACGGCUAGUAGGACGGCCGAGAAAAGGCCGGCGAAAUGAGCGAGAACUAUGCCCGCUCUGUGUUGAGGGUGUCGGUAGCUCAGAUUUGCCAAGUGCUGGGCUGGGAUGCUGUACAGCUAAGUGCUUGUGAUCUGCUGUCCGAUGUUCUGGACCGCUAUAUUCAACAGCUGGCCCGAAGCUGCCAUCGCUAUGCCGAGCUGUACGGCCGUACGGACCCGGUACUGUCGGACAUCGGCCAUGCCUUUGGGCUGCUGGGGGUGAACCUGUCGGAGCUGGAGGACUAUGUGAACCACUUGGAGCCUGUGGCCUUCCCCCAGACCACGCACCUGUUCCCCGUCGCCAAGAGCAGCACGCUGCAGUUCCCCUCACCUGGUGAGGAGAGACGGGACCACGUCCCCGACUACCUGCCGCCCCUCGUCUCCCUGCAGGAAGAUGAGGAAGAGGAGCCAGUGCCGGUUGCCAUGGGUACCUCUGCGGAAGCCAUGCAGGUGUCUGUGGAAGAGGACGACGGCGGCGAAGAAGACUACGACGAAGAGGCGGAGAAUGCCGAAAACCGCCCCGCCAAGCGUGAGGCGGACGAGGCCUUCCCCCUGGGCGUCAUGCCGACGGCCAAGCGUCCGCGCCUCGGCCUGAGCAUCAACCCCGACUCCAGCCCCGAGUGGACGUCGGAGCCGCGUGAGCCGCUCACCUUGAUCAACCCGCAGCUGCCGAUGUCGCCGUCCUCUCCACCACUCUCGCCCGCCCCGACCCCCGCCGCGCGGCCGCCCGUUACGCCGGGACGCAAGCCGCCGCGGGCACUCUCGUCGCCGGGCAGGAAGAGCAAGUCGCCGCGGCGUGGGGGCGGAGGCGGCGGGGCGAACGCGAGCCCUGGACGCAGCACGCCCAAGCUGACGCAGAAGGAGAAGAAGAAGAAGAACUCCCCGCGGAGCCCCAGAGGAGGGGCGGCGGCCGCCGCUCACGCGGCCCAGAUGGGCUCACCGCCGCUGGGGCCGAGCCAGCGCGACGGCAGGGGGGGUCCUGGAGGUCGGCCCGGCGGGUUGGCGCUCUCGGACCUCCACCUGCAGCGGUCGUCCAUGCCGGACACGGGGGACGCGGACAUCGAGGAUUCCAUCUCGGCGGUGAUCGCGCGGGCGUGCGCUGGCGGCGGAGGGGGUUCCGGUAGCCACCACCGCCCCCACGACCCCUACGACCUCCCGUCGGACUCGGACAGCGACUCGGACCCGGGGCUGUCCCUCUCGCACACCUUGCUGGGCAAGCACGGUGCCAUCGGCGGCAAGAACCUCCACACGCCGACCGGGUCCAAACACGCCGGUCGCGCCGCCCUCACGUCCACCCCGCUGCUGCCCCCCGGCGCCAGCAGCCUUGACCGCUCCAUCGACGAGGUCGUGCGCCAGGCUGGCAAGCGCGGCACCGGCGCCGGCGGCAUCUCCAUGGCGACGCCCUCCGACCCCUCUGACCUGUCCUCGCCGCCACUCUCGCCCCCAACCCCGCAGCCCCUGCUGACCUCCCUGACCGGCGCAUUGCCGUGGCAACGGCCGCUGGCCCUGGACGAGUUCCCGGGCGGCGUGGGCGCCGCGUCGGCCAUGCCCGAGGGCAAGAAGAAGAAGCCCAAGAAAGAGGCCAAGCUGAAGGUCAAGAAGCUGGGCAAGGACAAAGGCAAGGUCAAAGACAAGGACAAAGGUCACGACAAGAUCAAGAGCAAGGACAAGAAGAAGGACAAGAAGAGCAAGGACAAGGAGGGCAAGCUGACCUGGAAGGACGACGCGGACGCCCGCGACGACUCCUUCAGCAUCGCCGCGGCGACGGCGGCCGCUGCGGCCGCGGCGGCCGCCCUCUCGGUGGCCGAGGAGCGGCGCGAGAAGGACAAGCACAAGGACAAGAAGAAGGAGAAGGACAAGGCCCGCAAGGACAAGGCCAAGAAGGAGAAGGCCAAGGAGCGCGCCAAGGAGGCCAAGAAGAAGAAGAAGAUGUCUGCCGAGGAGCGCGAGCACGAGGCCUCGAUGGCGCUGUUCGGACCGGCCGCCUGCCUCCUCAUCCCCUCCAUCCCCCACCUGGCCGCGAUGCCCGCCGCCGCCACCGCGGCGACCGCCUCCGUCGCCAUGGAGAAAGGACCCGGCGGGGCCGACAAGGGCCUCAAGAGCAAGGAGAAGGAGAAGAAGAAAGACAAGAAGGAGAAGAAGAAGAAGAAGGAGAAGGAGAGAGAGAAGGAGAGGGAGAAGGAGAGAGAGAAGGAGCGGGGGAAAGAGAAGGAGCUGGAGAAGGAGGAGAAGAAGAAAGGGAAAGAGAAGGAGAAGGGUGGAAAGGCCAAGGAGAAGGCCAAGGAGACGGGCAAACUAGAGAAGGUGAAGGCGGCUGAUCCUCCACUUUUCCUCUCCUCACCGGUCAUCCCGAGGCUAACGCUCAGAGUUGGAUCUGGACAAGACAAGAUUGUCAUCAGUAAGGUGGUUCCAGACUCCGAGGCGGGUGCCCCCACUCCUCCCGCCCCCCUCCCUCCCCCGGUGAAGACCCCCACCGCCCGCUCCGGUCCCGGCAGUCGAGGCCGUGCCCCCCCCACGCCCGUGGCUGUGGCCCCCCCGCCGCCUCUGCCACCGGCCCCUGCGCCCGCACCCCUGACUCUGCCCACACACACACACACACACCCCACGCCCCCGCCAGCCCUGGGGGCGUCCAAGAGCGGCUGCAGCGUGGUCACCGAGACCGUCAGUGCCUACGUGGUUCGUGAUGAGUGGGGAAAUAAGAUCUGGAUCUGUCCUGGCUGCAACAAACCGGACGAUGGAAGUCCGAUGAUUGGCUGUGACCAGUGCGAUGACUGGUACCACUGGCCGUGCGUGGGCAUUCUGACUCCGCCCCCUGAGGACCAGCAGUGGUUCUGUGUGAAGUGUGCCGGCAAGAAGACCGACAAGAAGCAGAAGAAGAGAAGACGCAAAGCCAACUGACACACACACACACACACACACACUUUAUCACUGCAGAUACGUACAUCCACACCUGUACAACACCUGUGCUGAUACACACACAUCUCAAGUACGCAUACACCAAACAUCUUAUAAUCACACACACACACACACACACACACACACACACCAUACGUACAUGGAUUAAAGCUACAUGCCUAUACACCAGAUGCAAACUCAUGUAAAUAUGCAUGCACAGACAUCAUACACAUGUUUGUAUUUUAGAAUUCACACAUAAACAUAUGUUCUCACACGCUCACAAACAUCAUCUGUUUUGUACAAACAACUCAUUUUCAUUUCUAUUCUACACACACACACACACACACACACUUUUUAUCUUUUCCAAUCAGAUUUUAUUUGAAUAUUGUUAUAAUACAACUCAAUCUUUGUGUGUGUUCACACACACACACACACACACAGAGAGACACACACACAUUCAGAGGCCUUUGACAUUCCUCUAAUUUGCUGGAAAAAAUGUUUUGUCAUUCAUUCCUGUAUCCCACCAUCGAUCUUGUGUGUCUUUGUGUGUGUAUGUGUGUGUGUGUGUGUGUGUGUGUGUGCGCGUGUGUGUGUGCGUGCGUGAGUGUGAAUGUGAGAGCAAAUGUCCUGUGCCUGUUUUAGUAGUUGUUGUUGUUGUUGUUGUGCAGAAAACCCAUGGAAACAAACAAAGAAAAGAAAACAAAAAAACAAUCUGAUUUUAACCUUAGUCACCUUCAUUAGUUUCAUUUUUUUUUUUUUAUUCGGGAUGUUUUUAAGAGGAAUCUUGUAAUGUCUUACUUUCACUCUGUAUUGACUGCCACUGUUAAAUUGUGUGUGUGUGUGUGUGUUGGUGUGUGUCUGGAUAAUCCUUUUCUCCGUUUACAGAUAUGUUGUUAAAGUGGACCACUUUCUCUUGGUGGCCCCCCUCAAUUGAUUCAUCUCAUUUGGAGAGUAAAGAUGUUUUUUUUACCCAAAA